AUGGACGAAAAGCAGCAGCACAUUGCUCUGAGGCGCACGAUCGAGAAUAAGACCGGCCUCCUGGACAACGACAACUUCGUUCCGAACCAGGUCACCGACGCCCUGACCAAUCCGCAGCUCUGGCCCCUGAUUCUCUGUACUGUCUCGGUCAAUCUGGCCAACGGUGGAUUGACCAGCUUUGGAGCACUUGUCAUCAAAGGAUUCGGCUUUUCAGGCCUUAAAUCCCUUCUCAUUCAGACGCCCAUCGGGGUGUCGCAGCUCGUUUUCCUCCUCUUGACUUCGAGCUUGGCCACUCUCCUUCCAUCAGCCCGGCUGAUGCUCAUGAUAAUUAAUACUCUCACCUCCAUGGUGGGCAUGAUCAUGGUAUACGAAUGGCCGGGUUGUGUCUGGCAAGCGUCUUCGCGGCCAACGUUCCCCUUUCUUUGA